CCGUGCACAUGAGGAUACACACAGGAGAGAAGCCAUUCAAGUGUGCCUUUUGUGAAAAGAAGUUCGCGGAUCAACGCUCUUUAGUGAGGCACAAACGGCUUCACACUGGAGAGCAGCCUUUCGAGUGUGACGACUGUGGGCGUGCAGUGAAGACAGAGGACCCAGAUCGCUCUGCGCCGAACGGACGGGACCUCGAGGAGGACAGCGGCUCUGGAGGCGAAGCGUCCGGUGCACCGGAGGACCUCCCCCUGCGCAUCGCCGAGUCGUUCUCGCUGGCCACCCUGGUCGUCGACGAGGGGCCGGUGGGGGCGGCCCCGCGGAAGAACCCAGCCAGGAAGACGCGGCCUGCCUUCGAGGGCGGGGAGAGCUCCGGCAAGGCAGAGGGCCGCGAGCAGCGGCCGGGAAGUCUCGCCGGGAAGGGGCGCUACUCGUGCACGGAGUGCGGCCAGCGGUGUCGUACACCUUCACUCCUCAAGACCCACUCCAGGGUCCACACCGGGGAGAGGCCUUUCGAGUGUGGUGCAGUGAAGACAGAGGACCCAGAUCGCUCUGCGCCGAACGGACGGGACUCCGAGGAGGACAGCGGCUCUGGAGUCGGAGGUUUCCUUUCCUUUUGUAAGGGAAACGGUUCAGGUGAAGCAUCCGGUCCACCGGAGGACCUCCACCUGCGCAUCGCCGAGUCGUUCUCCCUGGGCACCCUGGCCGUCGACGAGGGGCCGGUGGGGGCGGCCCCGCGGAAGAACCCAGCCAGGAAGACGCGGCCUGCCUUCGAGGGCGGGGAGAGCUCCGGCAAGGCAGAGGGCCGCGAGCAGCGGCCGGGAAGUCUCGCCGGGAAGGGGAGCUACUCGUGCACGGAGUGCGGCCAGCGGUGUCCCUCAUCUUCCCACCUCAAGAUCCACUCCAGGGUCCACACCGGGGAGAGGCCUUUCGAGUGUGGUGUGUGUGGGAUGAAGUUCAUUCAAAAGAGUAAUCUUACCACGCACAGUCGGAUCCACACCGGGGAGAGGCCCUACGAAUGCGAACUUUGCGGAAAGAAGUUCAGACGAAAGGAAGAGCUAAAGCUGCACGUGAGGAUCCACAGCGGAGAGAAGCCCUUCAAGUGUGGCUUGUGUGGAAAAGAGUUUGCAGAUCAAGCAAAUUUUUUAAGGCACGACCGGCUUCACACCGGAGUGAAGCCUUUCGAGUGUGACGACUGUGGGAGUAAGUUUGCCAGGAAGGACGAACUGCGAAGCCACAUCACGCGCAAGCACCUCGCGAAGAAACCGUAGUGCGCAACGCUGCGUUGGGAAGCUCCGCCCACGGCAACACGCACGCCCUCGACUUUGCAACGCUUUUAUCCUUUUCUUAUUGUAUCGUGUGAAUCGCGAAAGAUAUUUUUGUUAGCUGGGACAAGAGUCCCAUGUCUGCUAGAGAAGGAUGUUAAAUUUGUGUUAUCACUUUUUGUUUGUAAUGCUGAGUUGGCGCUAACGUUCAGAAUAAAUUUAUGUGGAUAAGAUAGUCUUUAAAUUA